AUGGCCACGACCGCCAACCUGUCGUCAAAUGGUGACGACCCCUUCGUCAAUUCCAAUCCCACUCAACCGAGUCCCCACCGCUACGCUUCCUUUGACAACCAAGUCUUCUCCUUGUACAACUCGGGCUCGCCAGCUCAGGCGAAACGCGCCCUCGAGGCUCAUCUUAAGGACACGGAGCGACGCAUUCAAGAUGCCUCGAAGCUCGGUACCACCCUUUUGCAACAGCGCAAGGACUUGGCUGCCCGUCUGAAAGAAGUCGAGGACGGCGCAUCCGAGGACAUUACUCCUGAGCUGCAGAAAAAGUUGGAUCAGCUGGAAAAGGAUUACACCGAGAUUGGCAAAGAUACCGCUCGUGCCUUUCUACCGAAAUCGCGAAUCGUCUCAACAGACUUCAGCGUCGCUCCACCGAGUCCUGCUGUCUUCGUCUCUGAUUCCCGCCCUUCUCCAGUCAAGCGCAACCCUACCGAAGGCUCCAGACGUCAGCGUAAUCAGCCUACCAACCGCGUCCAUGACAUUGAAUUUGCUACCGAGAUCAGCACUUCUCUUCUCGCUCAGGUCAGACAAUUACAGGCCGUUCUGGCUGAGAAGGAGAAUGCGCUCAAGGAUGCAACCACGGAGAAAGAGCAGCUCGAGACAGACAUUGGCAAUCUGAUGCAGCGUUUGCGCAUGUUGGACGAGAGCGAACAGAAGUGCAAGGAUGAGAACUGGAAUCUCGAGACACAAAUGCAAGAGUUGACUGCACAGCUGAAGGAGGCGACCGACAAAGAACAGCGUCUGUCACAGCAGUUGAAAUUCGCUCAAGCUGAGAAGGACACUGCACAACGCGACUUGGAAGACCUCAAAGCUGCGCAUGGUAAACUCAGCGAUGACCAUGAAUCCGUCAAAAAGCACCACGAAGCCGAGCUUUUUACCUUGCGCCGUGACGUUACCAGCCAUCAGACAGCUCGCGAUGCGCUCCUCAAGAAAGUCGAAGAGCUGACUUCUCAAAACACUCAGCUGGCAAAGGCUGUAGCUGCGAGAUGGAACGCUGACAGCCAGCCUCAAGACACUCAGCGCUCUCUGGGCCGCGACAAUGGUGAUUCCGAGGUCGCGACCCCUGACGUCUCUCCACAGAAUUCACCGGUCAAGCCUACUCCUCGACACGGCAUGCUCGAGACCGAGACCCUCAAGUCGUCCCUGACGCACGCCCACCGUAUGAUCCAGAACUUGAAGAACAACAUCCAUCGUGAAAAGACUGAAAAAUUUGAGCUCAAACGACUUUUACAAGAUGCGAGGGAUGAGCUAGAGAACAAGCGUACCGAUGGUGGUAUCGGCCAGUCUGUCAGCAAGAAGCGUCGUUCUGAUGACAGUGGCAUCAAAUUCAACAAGGGCGCCCGCGCCGACAAGCUGGGAGCUUCUAGAGCCGCUAAGCACGAGAUCAUUAUGGACGAUGACGAAUGGGAAGAUCAGUCUUUGAUUGAAAGCCCGAGUCGUCCUGCUACUCGCAACAUCAGCUCGGGAAUUGUACCUUUCGGAAACUUCAACUUUGGCAGAACUGCCGGUGCCUUUGGAAAGCCCGAGAGCGCAGAAACUACAGAUGCAUUUGAGACUGCCGACGAGCGAGGCACAACCGACGCUUUCGAGACAGCCAACGAGGAUGAUGAUAAUACAAACACAGAGACCGAGGGCGCCUUCCAGACUGGUGCCGAGACCAUCGAUGGCGACAGCAGCGAUGACCUGACCGAGACCGAGUUCAGCCCUGUCAAGAACCAAGGCUCCUCAUCCCGACCUGUUUCCAGGCCCGGUCCGCACGCCACUAACAAAGCCGAGAACCGCCUCUCUUUCAUGUCGACCGCAUCUACCUCUGCCGACGAAUUUGAGAACAUCAAGACACCCAUUCAGGGUCAGCAGCCCAGAUACAAGCUACGUCUUAGCAAGGGUCGUCGCUCAACCAAUGGUUCUGCCCGCAAUAGCGCAGUCUUUGCUAGUGACGAUAGCCCUGCCAGCCAAGCCAGUCAGAGAACCCCUGUUCAAUUCGGUCAAAGUCUCAGUGCUGAGUUGGACGGGCUAAGCAACGAUAGUGAUAGCGGCGAAGAAACUUCGACUGACGCUGGUAUUGAGUCUGCUCCUGUGAGCCCCGAAACUGUCAAGAAGCCUACUCUCUCUGAAGCCCCCAUCAUCACAGAAGUUUCAAGGCCAAAGAUGGUCGAUUCUGCAAUGAUGACUGAACCUUGGGAACCAGAGUCUAAAUCCAUCGUUGGUGCUGCAGCUGGUGCUGUCGGUACUGCCAUCGCUGGUGUCGCUGGCUUCGCACUUGGUCAUUCGGCAUCGCAUGACGACGACGAGGCUCACGACAAGACAUCCCGGGCCAUCGCAGAAGAUGAUGCUCAAACCCCAUCUGUUGCGUCAUCCAACAUGCCUGGUGAAUUCAUCGAGAGCGAGCCUGCGUCGAAGUCCGCGACUCCCAAGCUGCUAGGGGAAGAGUUUGAGUCCAAGGCUAUUGCAACACCCGAGGCCAAGAAGGACUUUGCCGAUAUUGUUUCACAAGACCUCGCGCCUGUGACCCCUGUACAACCCAAGGCACAGCCCUUGAGCAUGGCAACAUUCUCAAGCACUCACACUGAGCCUGUCGCUGCAGAGCUUGCACCCAAAGAGCUUCCACAAUUCGCCAUGACAACGCUCGCAUCUUCUCAUACUGAGCCAGUGGCCGCUGUCGAACCUAUCAGGGAGGCUGAGAAGCUUUCCAUGUCGACCUUCUCUAGCCAUCACACUGAGCCUCUUGCUGUGGCUCCUAUUGUUAAAGAGCCUGAAAAGUUCUCCAUUUCGCAAUACUCGGCUACACAUACUGAGCCUAACAGCAUCCCAGGCACCGACGGUGUUCGUCCUGGUGCCGCCUUCCUUACUUCUGGGGCUCAGUUCCCUCCUCGUACUAGCAGCAGAGAUGGGACAUCGACUCAAGAGCCUCGGUUGUUUGGUGGAGCCAAGGGCAACAGCCAUGGAGAACCUACACUUGUCUUUGCCGAUGAAAAUGACUCAACACCUCACGUCGAGCAGGACAGCCACUUCAGACAGCCUUUCGCCGAGGUGUCCAAUAAUGUUGGCACUAGUCAGCGCAGCAUGUCGAACAAUGGUGAAAGACCUGCCAUGAAGCGCACCCCCACUUCUGAGAUGGGAACGCAGACAAUGGUAUCCUCUGAUGAGAUCGACAAGAUGAUGCGCCGCAAGACUCCGUUGACUAUUCCUGCUGUCAACAUUGAUGAAGGCACACCUCUUAGACCUGAGAGCCCCAGAAGAGCUUCAGAAACACCCUACGCGGCUGAAGGUGCCAACAUCAAAGCUCCCCGUCGUCCUGCCAGCUCCGGCAGCAUGCACAAAUCUUCUGCUGCUCAGCCUCCUCUUCCUCCGGACCACACACAACGUAUUGCAGCAGCUGCUGGAGCAAGGAACACGCAGUCUGCAAUGCCGCCGCCACCAAUCCCUACAGGCUCGCUCAACAAGCCUCCCCCAUCACUUCGCUCGCGCACGCCCAGCAUCAGCAAAUCUGUUCAGUCUGGACGAGGUACUGUUAACCGUGCUCUCGCACCGAUCCCCGCCGGUCGGCCAGACCCCAUGUCCCCUACAACUCGCGCCAGCUCCAUUUCAAGCUUCGUCUCUGAAGUCGAUGAGCGUAUUCAACCUAGUAGAGGUGUUCUGUACCCUGAAGACAUGUUGCCUGCGACUGAUCCUCGCAUGAUCCAAGCUAUCACUCAGACCAUGAUCGGAGAGUAUCUUUGGAAAUACACACGCAAGGCUGGUCGUUCUGAGAUUAGUGCCUCAAGACACAGAAGAUUCUUCUGGGUGCACCCCUACACCAGAACGCUCUACUGGAGUGAGCACGAUCCUUCCACACUUGGCAAGCAGCAGUCAAAGGCAAAGAGUGUUGCUAUCGAAGCCGUCCGAGUUAUCACAGAUGAUUACGCCUACCCACCAGGCUUGCAUAGGAAGAGCUUGGUGAUAGUAACCCCAGGUCGCGAGAUUGUGUUCACAGCUCCGACUGCACAAAGGCAUGAGACAUGGUUCAAUGCACUCUCCUACCUUUUGCUUCGCACCGGCACUGAGCGCGAGAACGAGGAGAUGACGCAGGAUAUGGUCGACGAAUUCAAUCCGACAAUGCGAAGCCAAAGUCGUAACACAGUUCGCACUCGUGUUAGUCUCAGCAGCUACAACAGUAGAACGACUCGCAACUCGUCACCGCAUCGUCCCCAUGCGUCUGAGGUACCAUCCCUUGCCAACCGCCAGUCCGCGGCUGCAUCUCAGCGAAGGGGCGCACAGACCCCUGGCUCGUCCGAUGGAUCUCAGGGACGUGCAGGUAUCAUGGGCGGCUUGUUCAAGAGCCCUGGCGGAAGUAUGCGUGGUAGUUUCUCUAGCAGGCGAAGCAAGAGUGCGAUGAGCACUCGUCGACCUCUUGAACCGACGAUAUAUGAUGCAAGUGUGGUUGAGGAUAGUACAGAGGACUUGGGCACAGUGCUCUCGGGACAUCACGAGCACAAUCACGAUAGGCUGGAGAAUGUGAGGGCGUGCUGUGAUGGCAAACAUGAUGUUGGCUCUUUAUCUAGGAGUACAGGACGACACGUCAUGGGCUCAUUGCGACACACUCACACUAAUGGUGCGGCUAUGAGCAACCAACAUCUGACCGCUGAGCCUCUGACUACUUCAAACCGACCGCGACGAGGAGAAUAG